CAUGAAAGUGUCCAGUAGGGACUCUCCUAGCAUAAAACCCCAGAUGGGAACUUCUACCAUUUCUUAGAGGUGAAGCUUAUAUCUCUGUAUGUGUAGAUGUGCCAUUAAUACUUGAAACUCUCAACUUCUAACAGGAGAUUGCACACUUUGCCUGAAUUCUGAUCUUCUCAGCUAAACUUCUGCUCAAAAACGAUGAAUUGGAUCAGCCUUGUUCCUGUAGGGUUACUGUUUAUACUCAUUCUCCUGUUGAUUCUGAAAAGACAAAAUGUCUGGAAGAGCCACAUGGAAGAAAAGUUCCCCCCAGGACCCAGGCCUUUACCCAUCAUUGGAAAUCUGCACAUCAUGGAUCUGAAGAGACCUCACCUGACAAUGCUAGAGUUAUCCAAAACUUAUGGUCCAGUCUUCAGCAUUUGGAUGGGAUCAAGGAAAGUGGUGGUGCUAUCAGGAUAUGACACAGUGAAGGAAGCUCUGGUGAAGCAGGCGGAUGCUUUUGCAGGGAGACCUGAAAUACCAAUCUCUGAAAUAACAGGAGGAGGAAAAAGAAGAGGAGUUGUAUUUUCUGAUGGAGAAAAUUGGAAGGUCAUGCGAAGAUUUACUCUUACAACCUUACGAGACUUUGGAAUGGGCAAGAAGGCCAUAGAGGACCGUGUUGUAGAAGAGUGUGGAUGCCUGGCAGAUGCAAUUGAGUCACAAAAAGGGAAGCCCCUUGAGAUGACGCUGAUGAUGAAUGCUGCUGUUGCUAAUGUCAUCGUAUCCAUACUGCUUGGGAAACGAUAUGACUACAAAGACCCCACAUUCAAAAGGCUCCUGUCAUUGACAAAUGAGAAUAUCAGGAUUUUUGGAUCUCCAUCAGUUUCGAUAUACAACAUAUUCCCAGUCCUUGGAUUCCUCCUGAAGAACCACAAAAUUUUUAUUCAGAACUCAAAAGAAAUGAAAGAUUUUAUUGAGGUUGUUUUCAUAGAACGCCUCAAAACCCUGGACAGAAAUGACCAGAGGACAUUCAUAGACUCCUUCCUUGUGAGACAACAAGAGGAGGAUGGAAAGGCCAAUGGAUAUUUCCAUAAUGAAAACUUAACUGCAGUUGUGAGAAAUCUGUUUUCAGCUGGUAUGGAGACCACGUCUACCACUCUGCGCUGGGGCCUUCUGCUCAUGAUGAAAUAUCCUGAAAUUCAGAAAAAAGUCCAAGAAGAGAUAGAGCAAGUGAUAGGAUCAAACCCACCACGAAUCGAGCAUCGAUCUCAAAUGCCAUAUACAGAUGCUGUCGUCCAUGAAGUUCAAAGGUUUGCUAAUAUCUUGCCAUUGAACUUGCCUCAUGAGACUACUGAAGAUGUCACCCUCAAAGGCUAUUUCAUUCCCAAGGGAACCUACAUCAUCCCCUUACUGGCUUCUGUUCUGCGAGACAAAUCACAGUGGGAGAAACCAGACAUCUUCUACCCUGAGCAUUUCCUCAACUCGGAGGGGAAGUUUGUAAAGAAAGAUGCUUUCAUGCCUUUUUCAGCAGGGCGUAGGAUCUGUGCUGGAGAGACUCUUGCCAAAAUGGAGCUCUUCCUCUUCUUCACCAGCCUCCUGCAGAGGUUCACCUUCCACCCUCCCCCUGGAGUUUCUACCUCAGACCUGGACAUCUCUCCCUCCUUUGGGCUUACCGUCCCCCCAAAGACGCACAAAGUCUGUGCAGUGCCACGUUCCUAAGCUUUACUUAGCCAUCUGCUUUUCCUGAAACAGCCACAUGAAAUAUCAUUGUAACUAGUCCCACAUGGGAAGGUUGGUACUUCUGAAUCCAGUGAGGGAUUUUUAAUCCAAGCACACCAUCAUAAUGGAAGGUAGCAGUCAUGACUUUCAGUGACUUUUUGAAAGGGAGGGUGGUGGUCACUGUGAAGAUGAAUCCCAGGAGAGAGAUAGCAAAAUCCAUUUAAUUCAGGCCUUCCCUACACCUCUGCAUAUUCCCCUCAAUGAAAGAGGUCAGUGUCAGUCUCUGGGCCAGACCUCAAAGGGUUAUACACUGACCUACACACAUACAUACACAAGGACUUCGACCUUCCACACCUCCAGCACAGCCCCAUCCAAAGGGUCCAUUGCACAAUUUACCCCUGCACCAGUGCCCUGAAUGCACACACAUACAAAUACAACGGAACAGCUCAACCUGAGACAAAGUUACAUAAAAUGUUCAUCUGAUGGAGAACUGCAGUACAGAUGCACAGAGGGUUCUCAGGUGAUGCCAUGUGGUGAUAUGCUGUAUGGAAAUGAAAAUAAAUUAGUUCACUACAGAAAAAAGUACUUUUAAUUACAAUGAUAAAAACAUAGAAAAAUAAAAAAUACUUCUCUUCAUUUCAAAUCAAA